AUGGCAGAUAAUACUCCUAUCGAUAUCCUUCAUUCGCGGGAUCCUGAUCGAAGAGAUCCUGCUGCCAAAAACUCGCCCAAAGACUCUCCCACCAUUCGCCCGGACCAGGGCGUCUCGCCACCGGUAGAAGCACAACGAAAUACUGACGCUAAAAGUCUGGAGACCAAAUACCAGCAGGAUGUCGUGCCCGACGGUGGUUACGGCUGGGUCUGCGUUGCGUGCGUGUUCUGGAUCAAUGCUCACACAUGGGGGAUCAACAGCAGUUAUGGUGUAUUCCUCUCCCACUACCUCUCGCACGACGUAUUCCCCAACACCUCGGCCUUGGCCUAUGCAUUUACUGGUGGUCUGAGUAUCUCGUGCGCUCUUUUGGUUGCUCCGUUGGCAACGUAUCUCAUCCAUGUCUGUGGAACCCGGCUGGUGCUCAAUUUGGGUGUCUUUUUUGAAACCAUUUCCCUAAUCGGAUCAUCUUUUGCCACUCAGCGGUGGCACAUCUUCUUGAGCCAAGGUGUCUGCUUCGGAUGGGGCAUGGGCUUUUUGUUUGUUGGUAGCGUGGGGAUCACUCCCCAGUGGUUCCUUCGGCGACGAAGUCUCGCCAUGGGCAUCAAUGCCGCCGGGUCCGGCCUAGGGGGGUUGAUUUACUCCCUCGCGGUGGGCGCCAUGAUCCCUAGAUUGGGCCUUAGCUGGGCGUUUCGGAUCCUCGGAAUCAUCGCCUGCGUAGUCAAUCUGGUCGGGGCAAAUUUGCUCAGGGACCGCAACAAGGAUGUGGGCAGCCGCUACCGAGCCUUUCAUCUACCAUUGUUGAAGCGUCCCGAGUUCCUCCUUUUUCUAGGAUGGGGAAUCCUCAGCAUGCUGGGCUAUGUCGCAAUUCUAUUCAGCCUGGCCAAUUUCGCCCUCUCCGUCGGCCUGUCCUCCCAUCAAGGUAGUAUCGUCAGCGCGCUGCUUAACCUGGGCCAAGGUCUUGGUCGACCCUUUGUGGGUAUGUUCAGUGAUAAACUUGGGCGCAUUAAUAUCGCAACGUUUCUUACCUUUCUCUGCGGCCUGUUCUGUCUCGUGAUUUGGAUUUUUGCACGGAGUAUGGGCGUUGUCUGCUUUUUCGCAGUCCUGGUUGGCACAGUCGCGGGCACAUACUGGGCUACUGUCACGCCAGUCCUUGCCGAGAUCAUGGGCCUGAGAGACCUACCCAGCGGGCUCAGUAUCAACUGGAUCAUCCUGGUCGCGCCAACUACGGUCUCCGAGGCCAUCGCUCUCCUCCUGAGAGAUAAUGACUCCAAGGACUCCGUAUAUCUGAGGGUUCAGAUAUUCACGGGCUUUAUGUACAUCGGCGCUGCAAUGUGUCUAUGGGUCGUGAGAGGUUGGAAAGUUGGGGAUUUGAUUCGAGCUCAGCAGGAGAAGUCAUCGGCGGCCAUAGCUGCUACACCUGAUUCUGUCAUGGAAGGGAGUCGCCCUGAUGCCGACAAGAAACGGGACCCUUCGGUGGCACCGCCUGUCCAGUCUGGUCCUUUGCUGCAGCCUUGGUCUCUACCUGUUUUAGUGCGUGGGAUGGUGACAUUGAAAAAAGUAUAA